UCCUGGAGAGGUGAGCACCACUCCGGCUGACGCUCAUCCUCUCGUCGCAGCUCCUCCUCUACAGAGGACGCGCGGACUCGGCUGGAGCUCCAGGUGCAUUUUCACUCACAAACCCCCCCCAAAAAAACCUUUUCUGCCGUUCUGUUUGCCGACGUGACACCUAGAAGCGGCACUUUGGAUCCGAUCGAGCCGGACUCAAAGGCUUUGUUAUAUAAUUUAUUAUUUUUAUUAUUAUUUUCUACGGCCUCCGUUGGAUGGUUUAGCAGGUUCACUCUCUGUGGCGCUACCACCUGCACUCUAUCAAGGCGACGCUCCUGUUAGAAAGCCUCAGCAUCACUCUGCAUUCCUGCGGACGGAGCCGGAUUCUUCAAAGGUGCAGCAAGAUGCUGGGUGCGCAGCCUGUGUACGGACUAAAGCUCUUGCUGGCCCUGACAAUGCUUCAUACAGCCGAUUCAGGUUUAACCAGUGCUGACACUGUGGUGAAUAUGCGGAAGGUGACUCAUCAGACCAUUACCGAGGAGCUGUCUAAGACGGUGCUGCUCCCUUGCCUCUUCACCCUUCGCCCUGGUGCCAGCUCUUUCCCCGAGCCCCCCAGGAUCAAAUGGACCAAGGUUUGGGGUCAGAGAGGCUCCGACGGCCUGCAGAAGGAGCAGUCGGUCCUGGUGGCCAAAGACAAUGUGGUCAAGGUGAAAAAGGCCUUCCACGGUCGUGUGUCACUGCCUGGGUACAGUAAGGACCGCUACAAUGCUAGCCUUGCUCUGACUGGGUUGCAGUCCAGCGACUCUGGACUUUAUCGCUGUGAAGUUGUGGUGGGCAUCAACGAUGAGCAGGACACCGUUCCACUGGAGGUCGCAGGUGUAGUGUUCCACUACCGGGCCCCACACGAUCGCUACGCCUUGUCCUUCGCUGAUGCCAAGAGGGUGUGCAUAGAGAACUCAGCUACCAUUGCAACACCCGGUCAGUUGCAAUCAACUUUCGCCGAUGGCUAUGAGAACUGCGACGCCGGCUGGCUGGCAGACCAGACUGUACGGUAUCCCAUCCAGUCACCUCGGCCCGGCUGCUAUGGUGAUCGGGAAGACUCACCUGGUGUCCGUAACUAUGGCAAUAGGGCUCCCGAUGAGCUGUUUGAUGUCUACUGCUUUACAAAAAAACUUCAAGGUGAAGUGUUCCACUCCACGGUGCCAGAGAAAAUGAGCCUGGCCGCCGCCUCCACCCACUGCCACUCUCUGGGAGCCCAACUGGCCACCGUCGGGCAGCUCUACUUGGCUUGGCAGGCUGGUCUUGACCAGUGUGAUCCCGGUUGGCUGGCCGACGGCAGCGUACGUUACCCCAUCAACGUCCCACGAAAGAACUGUGGCGGAGACGAGCCCGGGGUGCGGACGGUCUACAACAACCCAAACCGCACCGGCUUCCCGGACACCACCGCCCUCUUCGACGCCUUCUGCUACAGAGCCCACCAGCCAGCGGCGAUCCAGGCUUCUGAGGCGAAGGCUUCGUUCCAUCCUCGGAGACCAGCACUGGAGGCCUCGUCUUUAGUCACGGAAGCCCAGCGACGGGGGCCCUCCGUCCGAACGUCCUUCUGGGCUAACUGGUUUUCCUUAAACAAAACCGUAAGCCCCUCAUUUAGUAAGAAUGACGAGUCGUCCGAGACAUCCGAAGAGCAUGUUUUAAUCGACUUGAAGUCUGAGGAAAAGUGGGAUGAAAGACACAAUGGAUCCACAAUUGGCCCGAUAGACGCUUCUGAUGGAGCUGGCAGCAACAUCACUUCUGGCUUCCCGGACCUCGAAAGUGCAGAGAGCCGUGGGGUUUCAGCUCACGAGGACCUGGAUCGCAGUUAUCUUGGAUCAGACGCGCCAGUGUUAUCCCCCGUUGCCUCUUCCACCCCCCAGCCUCAGGCAAGUUACAGUCUUCUCACUGAAUUUGUUAACACUCUCAUGAGGCCCUUCAAGUUCUGGACAGGGAGCAAAGGGACUGGCAAGACGGAGAAGGGACCCACACUGCCUGAGGAAAAAGCUGCAGAGAACCAAACGGAGGGAGAGGCGUUCGGCGAAAACCUGAGUAUCCCGAAACCCGGCGGAAACAAGGGCAGCAUGGACAAUGCCAUCCUGGAGCACAGAAGUGGCACUUUCCCCCUCAGGGGUCCCAAAAGCGGACUACAGAAUUCAGAAAAGGGGCUGUCAGAGCAGGAAAAAGAGCUGAUGCCUCUCAUUAACCUGGUGCCUUCGAUCGAAAAUGCCGAGCAAAAGCCCAGCAGCGCUCACCCUGCGAACGGAGGAACCAGCUCGAUCAAUGACAACCUGCAAUCCACGUUUAAUGAAUUUCUUCCUUCUGAUCCCACUGAGAAUUCCUCACCGUACAAACAUGUCAACAAAUCUGGUCUUCAGGGUUCCAAGCAAGGCCAUUUCCUUGCGUCCGUCUCCAAUACUCACUUCCAUUGGCCGAUUAAGUCAGAAAAUGGUCCCAAACGAGGUCGUCCUGCAAAUGUGGCCUACCUGGAUGAGCAAGAAUCUUGGGAGCCAAAAGAAUCUAAAGCAGGACCUCUGGAGUUGAUGACGCUGCCCGACUCCCUUCAUCAGGAGAACCUGGAGAACUACUCAGGUGAAGGCAAAGAUCAGGAUCUCGAAGGUGCUUUGACCGACAAAGGCAGAGCUGCAUCAGGAGAAGAGAAAGAUGUGGAGGGAAGUGGAAAUGGAAGCAGCUUUCCGGCUGGCUUUGAAAUGAAAGUCAACACACUGUCCAGCAUUGGUGUCAAUUUAAGUCCCACAUCCAAAGUUUCACCCAAACCAAGCAGUUUUGUGACAGUGGGAGAGCACACUACUCUGUCUCAGUGGCUGCUGGUUAAUCAACCCACCGCCUCGCCACAGGGUGCCAUGGAGUCAGACACAGCUGAGGAGGCAAAGGGAGGGAUACUUUAUGUCCACAGACCGACUGAGAUGCUCUCUCUGCCGUCUUCUUUGCAAACACAAGAUGAGAGUAAAGAGAUGGGGAUGGCUUCCACACCUGCAGCUCUGCUGGAGGUACUGACAUCUUCUGAGUUGACCACAGUGGAGCCUUUGGCCACAGAGCCACGCAGAACCUAUCCUGCCACCACAGUCCUUAUCUCAGAAAAUACUUCAGACACCUCUUCUACAGAGGAAGCCUCUAUUUCCAUUUCAUGGGUUCAGGAAAAGCAGGAGAACAUUAGUGUACCGGACCAGCAAAACCCUCUCUCGGUGACUCUGAUGCCUACUGAAGGAGCUCAAACUGGAGUCGUUCAGUUGAGCACCAAAGCCAUAAACUCUGAAAUUGGCCUGACAGAAAUGGAGUCCAGAUCUGCAGUCACUGAAUCUUUUGUUGUGGGAAGUGUCCGGACACCUUCCACAGAGUUAAAACCAGAGGAACACAGAACCACAGAGGCUACAGAGGACAAGGACACUAGCAACCCGUUUGGCAGUCUUGUACCUGACUGGGCUUUUGGCCUCAUUCCAUCAGUGGAGAGUAACCCGUGUCAGACCAGCCCCUGUCUCCAUGGCGGAAGCUGCCUGGAGGAAGGCGACAGCUACAGCUGCUACUGUCCUCAGGGCUACUCUGGAGAGAACUGCGAGAUCGACAUCGACGACUGCCAGUCUAAUCCGUGCCAGAACGGAGGAACCUGCAUCGACGAGAUCAACUCCUUUGUGUGCCUCUGUCUGCCCAGCUACGGCGGAGCUACGUGCGAAAAAGACAUCGAGGGCUGCGAGCACUCGUGGAGAAAGUUUCACGGCCACUGCUACAGGUAUUUCAGCCGCAGACACACCUGGGAGGAUGCCGAGAAGGACUGCAGGGAGCACAGCGGUCACCUGGCCAGCAUCCACACUGCAGCAGAGCAGAAUUUCAUCAGAGGUCUGAGCCACGACAACACCUGGAUUGGGCUGAACGAUCGUACAGUGGAGGACGACUUUCAGUGGACGGACAAGUCAGACCUGCAAUAUGAAAACUGGCGGGAAAACCAGCCUGACAAUUUCUUUGCCGGAGGAGAGGACUGCGUGGUAAUGAUCGCCCAUGAGAACGGCAAAUGGAACGACGUGCCUUGCAACUACAAUCUGCCCUACGUCUGCAAGAAGGGAACAGUGCUUUGCGGCGCCCCUCCCAGCGUGGACAAUGCCUUUCUAAUUGGUCGGAAGCGUUCCCACUACGACGUCCACUCCAUAGUGCGCUACCAGUGCGGCGACGGCUUCCUGCAGCGCCAUGUUCCCACUGCUAAGUGUCGCGCCAACGGCAAGUGGGACCGACCCAAAAUCAUCUGCAUAAGAUCUCGGCGGGCCCAUCGUUACCGACGCCACCACCACAAGGCGAGGAGGGAGCGCAGGAAGCACAAGCGGCAUGGCCACAGAGAGGGGGGACACCACGGAGGGGAGCUCAACCAAGGCCACAACCACGCUCAACCACGUUUUUUCUGAACCAAAAAACACAAGAAAAAAAAUUGCCACCCUCAUUUUUUUCUUUUUUUUUCUUCUGUGCUGCAACCUGCAGCUUGCCCGUCUCCCCGUCGUCCUCAUUUCCCCAAAUACCACUUCAAACUCUCAGCCCAUGAACUCCCGGCCCCACUUUCUGUUCUGCCCUUACUCCCACCUCCUCACCCCCUGGUGCACAGAGGCAACCUGCUUAUUAGUCCCCUCUGAGGCCUGCCAAUGUGCUGCCAGGUGUUGCCAGGACUCUAACAACCACAUUGACAUCCCUUCUUCUUCCUUUUCUUUGUUUCGUUUUUGGGCUCCAGCUCUUUUGUCUGUCCUCUACCCUCUCACAUGAUCCAGUUACUCUCCCUUUGAGCUCAGCCCUUGACCUGGUUUUUUUUUGUUUUGUUUUUUGAGAACGAAAAGAAGAAAAAAAAAACAUUUUUAGUUUGAGUAUGGACUUUCUUUGGCGAGAAGUGGUUUUAGUAUGAACUGUAAAUAGGGGUGACAUCACUGAAAAUGCCGUAUCAAAGUCAGACGAGUCAAUGGGAGUCGUCGUGAUAUUGACUUGAGCCUUUUGUCUAUCGAACAGUUAUUUUUUACAAAUGCUCUGUGUUUAUCUCCUGAUCCUGCUGCUUUUCGGUUUGCCCCUUUGUAAGACUCUGCUGCAGACUCGCAGCGCCGCCGCUGCGUCGUUCUGAUACAGAUUUCGCUGAUUUUUCAACCAGAGGCGGUUGUAAUUGAGUUAUUUGAUUGUUAGCGUUGUAUUUUUCUUGUCAGUGUGAGACAGUUGCUUUAGAUCAGAUGAUGAAAGCCCAGAGGAAAAAUGGAUAAUGGCUCCGAUUUCUGGCUCGCCUAAAUAAAUCAUCUGAGCCAUCUCGAACGGUUGAAGGUGUGCCAACACCUCCUCUCCCCACCCACUCCCUAUCACUUCCAGGGUUAACCUGCACAUUUGAUACCGAUUGUCUCAACUCAGCUCAAAGCUUCCACAUUUGUUUUCUGUUGUCAUAACGAAGGGGAAGUAGAACGGCGAGGGUCUUAAGAUUUAGACAGUUUUCCUGCUCCAUGUAAAGAUAUCUUGAGUCACUGUGAUUUCAUCUGCUGAACUUAAGUGAACUUAACUUGAGCUAACAUUUAAAUGAGUAACUAAAAUCCCAGCAGCACAGCAGCACUGAGUUUCAGUGAAAAGUUUUCAAACGCUCGUCGUGCCAGGAAUAUCACUGUAAUAUGGAUUUAGUAUGAAAAUAUGAUACAACAAUUAGUUGCACAAGUAAAAAUGUCCAGUGGAUUUUCUUGUCCAGAUCACCUAAACUAGCUUCAGCGAUUUAACAGUCGCACUGAGACGACGGCAAAUCCGUUUGGAUGUUCAGAGAAAAUGAUAAACCAACUCGUGUUCAAGCUUUACAUAAUGACAAAUCUGCUGGAAACCCUGCAGAUGUGGUUAAGACGGAAAUCAUGAUUCAUAUUUUUUUUAAAGGACUUGGCUAAGCAGAUUCUUCGUUAGCUACUGGGUUUGGUUGCUGCAAAGCAAAGCAGAAACACUGUGACGCUUUUGAAUUAUUGCUUUAUUCAUCACAAGUUACACAAUUGUCGCAUCGCUCUACAUGAUCACAUUUUACGUUUGUCGUUCAGCCCCAUUGUACAAAUAAAUGAAUAAAUAGACGACUUCCUCCAAAUUACUUUAAUUUAGCUCAAGUCACAAGCGAGCUCAAACUUGGAAAGGUUUUGGGGUUUUUUUUACAGAAUAGUGGUAAAGCAUAUUUCCAUCUGUCUGAUAAGUUGGUUUUUGAUGCAACCAACUUAUCAGACAGAUUUUCCUGAGUGUUUUGUGUAAGAAACCAUCACAUGUUUCAUCAAAGUAAAUACAUCCAUUCUCCAUUUGUUUUUUUGUUUUUUUCUUCUCUUUCUUUAUAAUCAAUCUUCAAACACAUUGAUAUGAUAUAACCUUUUUUUUUAAGGCUUAAGGAUGAGGUGGAUUUCUGGAUCACCAGUAAAAUUCACUGCAGUCCUGUUUCUUGUGUUGACUUUCCUACUGACAUGUACUUAGUGUUGCUCUAGCAACUAAAAUAACAAAAAAGUGAAGAUAGAUCCAACAUGAUUUUAUCAGAUAAGCUAUAUAUCGCAUUAAAUUGUUUAAUAAUAUUUGUUUUUAUCGAUUGUCAGUAAAAUUAUCCCACCCAACAGCAGAUUGAGUUGAACAGACAUGACCAACACAGACAAAUACUGAAUGAUGUGAAGCCAUUUGUCAGAGCUGCACUGACUGACUGGGGUCCAACAUCAUCACAGGGAAUAAGAAGCUGUAUCGUCGAGUGUAGGAACUCAGCGUUCAUGUGUUUUUACGAUACGAAGGAGUGAUGAGUCCGUUGUUGACGAUGGAAAGGGUCAGUGAGGUUAAGGCUUGCUCUGUCUGGGUCAGACAGAAACUCCCACCUGAAGAUGGCCGCGCCGCGUGUUGUGCUUUAAAGAGGAGAUUGAGGUGGACUGAAAAAAAAAAUAGAAGAACGCUUUGCUCUGUCUUCUCUCAGCUUUACUGUCCAGAUAAAUCGUUGCUCUUCUUUUCAAAGCCGACCCUCGAGGUUUGUGCUUGUGGGAUUAUGACCCUCAUUCCGGCAUGUCUGGCUUUGAUGUUUCUUUAUCCUUUGCUGGAUCUUUUUUCUUACUCCUUUAGUACCUAUGUGCUUUUGAAGGAUUCAUCCAUCUUUGCCGAUCCACUUUCCUCUUCUUUUUUCUUUUUUACAAUUUUAGUUUGAACAGAAUGUUAAUGUUUUCAGUACUAUAGCUUCUACCUGGAGUUGCAUGGAUCAGAAUUUUGAGCCUGAUUUUUUUUUAUUUUUUUUAUUGGGGCUUUUUGUAAAACUAGUCCUUACAGAUCCUGACUUAAGCUGAUUUUAGGGGUUUUUUGUACAGAGAAAAGAGGAAGACAUGCAGUAAGUGGUAAAACUAAGCUGCACUGAUCACUGUAGCCUCAGCAUAUGGUGCCUGUGCUCUGCCACUAGGCCAUGUAGUGGUUGUCUUUUGUAUCCUUAUAUUAGCAAAAAGGGCAGUUAGCAUGGCUAUCGUUGCAAAAACAUGCCUGUGUCUGAAGGUAUAUUUGUUGUAUAACUUUGUCAUUCUACAGAGACAGGAGUGGAAAGCUCACAAGGAUGAGAACAGCUUUAUGCGACUUUAUGUUGAAUGUCUUCCUCUGGCUCGCUUUCUUGCAGCCUGGAUUUACCACGGACUUCUCUCAAUGUGUCUUGGAAAAAAUAGAUCUUAAACAGCUUCUUACAUUUCUGAGCAUCAUUUUAACCACGUUAAAUAACCUAAAAUUAGCUUUCAGUCUUCUUUGCUCAGUUGCAUCCUGACUGCUUCAGUACCGCACAUUCCUCAGUCAGAAUAAGAUGAGAUUUUUCAGUUUCCAAACUCUUGUUCACUGGUCCGUCCCAGUCGGCCUCCGGAUGAUUUUCUCUACGUGCUACGUGUUAUGAGCAGCGUUAAGGCGAAGUCUGCUAUUUGCAGAUAAUAUCUUUGCCUUUGUUUGUCUCCUCUCACCUUGGCUAGGACAACAACAGUAAUCUUACACCUUUGUAUCAGUUCAAUUAAUCUCCUGCAUGCCUAAUUUACAAGCUGCAUUAUCAGCCCAACCGCAGAGCUGCCAUGACAGGGGAAGGGUAAUGCUGAUGGACAGUCAGAGGAGGGUACAUGGUGGCUGUCACAGCCAUCAAACCCCUGUUGCUCUGCAGAUGUCAGGCUGCUUUCUCUCCACCCUGCCCCCCUGUCGCUCCUGUAAAAUAGAUUGACCAUGGGUGGGUGAAUAAAAGAGCAGACAGAAGACCCUCUCACUGCAGACUUGAUGCUGAGAGACAGGGUAAUUACAGCUGGGUAGAGGUUCGACCGUGUGACGAGACCUAAAAAAUAAUGCGAUAAAGUGGUAAGAAACUGAGUUGAGCGUUGAGCCGAAAAUCCACGAGGCAAAGCACGUUGAAGAAACCAAAACCAACGUGACUAAAGCGGAUCGUUUUGUGACACAGAAACAGACCAUGGUGUCCUCACGCAGAGAUGCCCUCUUUUAAAUCCAGCCAUCGAUGUUUCUCACAGGAAUACAAACAAAAACGUUUCACCUCAAACAUGUUAAAUGAGCUCAAACACACACACACACGCACGCACGCACACCCACAAACACCAGUUCCUCCUCUGACUUCAAACACAGUGUUUGGUUCCUUUCAAAAUCCUCCUUUUAAUCUUCCUCACUCCCACUCGGCUCGCCUUUCCUCUCCGGGCCUCCUACAGUCGGAGGCCUGAGGGCAGACAAACACGAAGCCACCAAACCUUAUCAUUGCAAAUCAUAAUCAGAACAUUGAGCUUGUUAAGAUGUUUCGGCCAGCUGUCUCUCAGGUUAGAGGCGGGAGCGACUCCUUGGGGGAGCCGGUGGGUCUGUUUCUGCUCGUUGAGUCGAAGAGAGGUGUGAAAAGUUUACUAAUCAGCUCGAUUUUCAGUAUUUAGCUCUUUGAGAUGUGGUUAAAUAUGGAGGGAUUUUAACAAAAGGUCCGUCUGAAUAAAUCACGCAAAGAUGUAGAGGGUCAGUUAAAAGACGGGCUUACGCGCCACCUUGUCUGUUAGUCAAGAAGCAGCCUGAAGGAGGCGCAUGCAAUAAAAACAGUCGUUAAUGACAGCAUGAUAACAGCGAUGCAGUGGCUGCCGUCCUCCUUCGGUUGCACACAGACAGACUAUUGAUUUCAUGAUUAGGCAGUCUGUCUUGUGCUCUUAUUAAGUCUGUCAAUGGCAUCGACGGCGCAAUCGCAUCGACAGACUGCUGAGUGUUUUCUAAAUGACAGGAAAACAGACACAGUUCUCUUCGCGCUCAUUGUUUUCACGGGUUUCCGUUUUCAUUCCGAACUCUCUUUCACUCUCAUUUCAUUCUCCGGGCCUUUCCCCUUGUGGUAUCUGUACAGCAUUACACCGCUGAAACUGAGUUGAGACGAUUUAUCACUGUCAGGAAAGCGGGACGGAUGGAUGAAAGGAAACGUGUUCCUGCAGCUGAGUGAGACUGACUGAGACAAACGCAGUGCAGGAACCGGUGACAGAUGUUUCCCUCUCUUUCCUCCGUUACAUAUCUCCUCACGCGUUACUCUCCUCCUUUCCUUGCGAUCCAUUUAUACUCUGGGUGUGUUUGUUUGUUGCUUAGCCCCUCUGGGCCGCAUUCACACAGCCGGUGAAAACUCCCCCCGAAUCCCAGCUCCAUCUGAUUUAUUUUUAUUUUUUUUCUCUCUUUCUUGCACACAGCCACAAACACGCACCCUCACACACACUGCUGCUGCUGUUGUGAAACUGCUGCAAUAGGUACACAGAGGCGCUUUGGUCAACACUGGCACUGCAGGAGAGCCAGAAGCAAAGCUGGGCAUUUACAAUACAGACUAACUUCAUUGUUGGCUCUGUUCCCUCAGCUUGCAGGUUUCUACGGUGAACACAAAUGCAAUAUAUAAAAGACUGAAGCUGCCGUUGCAUAUGGCUGUGUGAAUGUGGCUCAAAAGUACUUAUUGAUAUUUAUCAGUGUAUGUUCUUAAUUCUAGUACUGUUAUUGUAUUAUAUUCUUUACAAGACAAAUGAUCAUUAAAGGAAACCCUUGUUUGGAUCCA